ACAAGAGUAGGUACCUACAAGAGUACGGUACCCCCUGUCAGCCGUGGGGCAUCAGAAGUAACUUGACGAUUCCACUUGUCUUUCUGGUUCCACCGCCGUUCUGCUUGGUACAUCAGGCAGAGCCUCCAUCAUCGGCCCUGUUUAUGCCUUACCUCGACCUGCGACAACUCCUAUCCACUCAUUACCAAAUCCCUAAUUUGACAGCGCGCUACAUGUGUGUUGUAUCUUCUCGUAUAUCCAACGCCGACAUAUACUAUUCCAGUUCGUUAUUUGCCCGCCAUGUCCGCAGCGGUUGUCUCAGCUGACGAUGACGUCUUUGAGCCGACUCUGCAGUCCAUCCUCGACCAGAAGACUCUGCGCUGGAUUUUUGUCGGUGGCAAGGGCGGUGUAGGAAAGACAACAACAUCGUGUUCUCUUGCCAUCCAGCUCGCCAAGGUCCGCCGCUCCGUCCUCCUAAUUUCCACCGACCCUGCACACAAUCUAUCCGAUGCCUUCUCACAGAAAUUUGGGAAGGAGGCGCGCUUGGUGGAGGGCUUCACAAAUCUCAGUGCUAUGGAAAUAGACCCCAAUGGAAGCAUCCAAGAUCUGUUGGCAGGACAGGGCGAAGAUGUCGAGGCCCUGGGUGGUAUGGGCGGCAUGAUGCAAGACCUAGCUUUUGCCAUUCCUGGUAUCGACGAAGCCAUGUCUUUUGCCGAAGUUCUCAAGCAAGUUAAAUCCCUCUCUUACGAGGUCAUCAUUUUCGAUACGGCCCCUACGGGCCACACCCUCCGCUUCCUGCAGUUCCCUUCGGUUCUCGAAAAAGCGUUGGCCAAAGUCUCUCAGCUAUCGAAUCAGUACGGUCCUCUACUUAACGGCUUUCUCGGCUCGCAAGGCCAGCUGCCGAAUGGACAAAACUUAAAUGAGAUGAUGGAAAAGUUGGAGGGCCUGCGUCAGACAAUCUCCGAAGUCAACGCGCAGUUCAAGGACGAGAACCUCACCACCUUUGUGUGCGUCUGUAUAGCCGAGUUUCUGAGCUUGUAUGAGACGGAGAGAAUGAUUCAAGAGUUGGGUGGAUACGGCAUCGACACCCAUUGCAUCGUUGUCAACCAGCUCCUCUUCCCCAAGCAAGGAAGCAAUUGUGACCAGUGUAACGCAAGACGGAAGAUGCAAAAGAAGUAUCUCGACCAAAUCGAGGAAUUAUACGACGAGUUCAAUGUAGUCCGGAUGCCUCUUCUAACAGAGGAAGUACGGGGUAAGGAGAGGCUAGAGAAGUUCAGCGACAUGUUGAUCCAUCCCUACACCCCUCCUGAGUGAGUUGAGGGACUGGCAGUGGACUGCGGAGAAGAAGUUGAAGAGGGCAACAGUGAGCGGGCUCAAACUGAGGAAGGGAAACCAUUUUAUGCAUAGCGGGUUGCGGCGUAUGGGUCAUAGUCUCUCGGCGUCGAAACUU